AUUCAUUUACACCUUGUCUGCUCCAUAGGAAUCUCUCUGUCCCUCAAGGACUGAAAGAGGAACACGAUAGCUUUACUCAGCCCAAAUACCCAUACUUCCAAAGCCUCGUCGAUCCAGCGCUGCAAACACCAAUUCCCCCCGUGGCCUGAUCUCUCCAUUCACCCCCACCCCCCCUCAACAUGGCAUCUUCCUCCGCAUCCUACGUCACUUUUGAGACCUCCGUCGGGUCAUUCACAGUCGAAUUGUACAACAAUCAUGCUCCAAAGACAUGUAACAACUUUUCUAAACUUGCAGAGAGAGGAUACUAUAAUGGAGUCCUGUUUCACCGUAUUAUCCCGGGGUUCAUGAUUCAAGGUGGUGACCCUACUGGCACGGGACGAGGUGGAACAUCCAUCUAUGGAGAUAAAUUUGCAGAUGAGAUACAUCCUGAUUUGAGAUUCGUCGGAGCGGGGAUCUUGGCCAUGGCGAACUCUGGGCCAAAUACAAAUGGCUCACAAUUCUUCAUCACUUGCGCACCCACACCUUUCCUAGACGGCAAACAUACGAUCUUUGGCCGUAUAUCAUCCGGGAUGAAGACUGUUCAACGCUUAGAAGCUGUACGGACUGACAACAAUGAUAGACCAGUGGAGGAUAUCAAGAUCCACAAGGCUAGAUUAGGAGAUGCGACACAGAAUGCCAUCACACAGUAAUAUGCAUGGAUGGUGGAAUGGCGAAA